AUGGAGGAGAACUUUCAAGAAGAAGAGUUUGCAGGAGUUGUUAAAUUUACACCUCCUCUGUACAAACAGCGCUACCAGUUCGUCAAAGAUUUGGUGGAGAAAUACAAACCUAAGAAGGUGGCAGAUUUAGGAUGUGCUGACUGCAGGCUUCUCUGGAUGCUGAAAUUCUGCAGUUGCAUUGAAGUGUUAGCUGGGCUGGAUAUCUCUGCAAGUGUAAUGAAAGCGAAAAUGCAUACGCUGUCUCCUCUUCCUUUUGAUUAUUUGCAACCAUCUGAAAGAUCUCUGACUGUUACCUUGCAUCACGGUUCAGUGGCCCAUAAAGAUCCUUGCAUGCUUGGUUUUGACUUGGUGACAUGUAUCGAACUAAUAGAACACCUGGAAGAAUCAGAGCUGAAGAAGUUUCCUGAAGUGGUGUUUGGUUUCAUGGCUCCAAGCAUAGUUGUGAUCAGUACUCCAAAUUCUGAAUUUAACCCCUUGCUUCCAGGAGUGGUGUUACACAGACAUCCAGAUCACAAGUUUGAGUGGAACCAAGCCCAGUUUCAAAGCUGGGCUCUAGAGGCUGCUAGAUGCUAUGAUUACUCAGUGGAAUUUACUGGUGUAGGGCACCCACCAAAAGGAAUGGAGAAUAUUGGGUUUUGUACCCAAAUAGGUGUGUUUGUUAGAAAACAUCCUCAAACUGGUGGAUCUGUUCAGUAUGACAAACCCACUGAAGCAGUUUAUGAAACAGUCUUCAAAGCAGUGUAUCCAAGUCUGAAAGAUGAGAAGUACUUACGGAAUGCAGUUGUCAGUGAAGUUCUUUUCAUAGCCCAAAACAUUAAGCACCACUUAAUGCCAAAACAUGAGGAGUAUGAUGAUGACCCUGAAAGAGAAUCUGAAUUCCAGCCUUCAGUGGACUGUUUUUCAGACUAUCUUGGAAAACUGGUUGUUGAUAAAACCAUGGAACCAUUUGUCAAUGGAAAUGAGGUCUAUAUACCUCUUGCAACAAUCUUUUCUUUUCCCAAAGUGAAUCAACUGUGUGGUACCUUUGAGAAGUUAUGCAAACUCAUUGCUGGCAAGGUCCCACUGAGCAGUGAUGGUUCUGCUGUGGUGUUCAACAUUGAACAUGAAAAUGAGGAGGAUUAGAUCACAGAUUUCUCAUACAAAGGUCAGUUAAAGUAAUUAAAGUGGGUUUUUAGUAGCUGUCAAAUGGUGUGUUCUGUAUGCUAACGGGAACCACACAAUCUUUUCUAAACCUCCCCUCGGUGUCAGCAUCUCUCCUAUGGAGUGAAGACAAAGACAGCAGUAAGUCAUAGGGGUUUCAAGUAGGCUAUCGGGGGUAAGAGAAAAUAAUUAAUUCCUGUGAAGAAAAUGAAGUAUUUCUGUUGGCUUUCUAUUACCUUAUUGUAGCUAUCAUUGCUAGAUUAUUUUUAGUCAUCUCUUGUUAGCUCCCAGGGUAGCAGAUGAUAAUGUGAAUUUUGUUGUGCUGAAUAAUGUGAGUCAGACAUGGGAUUAAAGCAAAUUUUUUCUUAUUGGAAUAAAAUUUAUAGAUGCCUUGUUCACGAUGAGCACAUCUUCAGCCUUGAUGAAAACCAAAUGUUGUUCCAGAUGAAUAGAAAUAUGGAACUGGUAUUUUUGACUGCUCUACUUUUUAAAGAAAAAAAAAAAUAUAUAAAAAGUGCUGUACUUGUGAAUGCUAAUCUGGCCCUGGUGUACCUGAAAAUUAUCUGUGUUUUCAUGUGCAGCUGUUAUUCAAAACUGUAAAAUCCAAAUAGAGUAGAUGGAAAAAAAAAUCCAAGAAGAAUCCAUACCCCAGUAAUGCUUUUGCCUUAGUCCAUUAGUUGUGUGUCUGCAGCAGUGGUGCGUAAGUGGUGCUUGUUUUCAGUUAUGAGGUGUUUUCCUUC